AUGGCCACAGAAUCUAUCAACGACGCUGGCUACGACAGCAUGCCCUCUCUAACGACCGACACAUCCUCUAGUAGCCUCCCCAAAUCACCAACGAAAUCUGUCCCUCCGUCACCGCCUCCGCCCCCUCCGAUGCCAUACCGCUCGCGAGCGCAAUCCCCAAAGACAGCCCAAGAACCAAACCACCCAUCUUACACGUCCCAGGAAUGCAAAAGCGCCCCUCUAAACCGGUUGACCUCGGGCUACACGUCAGACCGUCACGGUGCUCCCGAGCCGUGCGUCUUCCGCAAAGUCUACUACUUCUUCUUCUUCUUCUACGGCACACUGCGAGACCCCAAAACCCUGUCGCAUACCCUGGGAAACCCCCAUCGGAUCCUCAUCCCUCCGGCCUGCCUCGGUCAUCGCCUACUCAUGUGA